GAAGAUGCACCAUGUGCGAUAAAUGAUGGGGUCUGGUGGCGGCCUCAUUUGUGUGGCUUGAGAGGCACCGAGGUGGGGGGAUUCAGGAGCAUGAAUGUGGGGGGUGUCCACUUGGCUUGGACAGGCCAGGUCCGAGAGCUGUGGCUGGAACAAGGCUGCCCAACUUUGUCGCCAUCGCCAUCGCUGUCGGCAAACUCCAACCCUUCGUCGCAACUGCGAGCCACCAAUUGCGGGCGUUGUUCGGGCCACAUAGCUGCCAACACCAACAAAGCGAACACGGGCUUUUGCUUCAUUCUCUUAGAUAUUCGCGGCGGACCCGACUGACACGUCGGCACCAACGGGUGAAUCAACCCUUUGUCAAUCCGACUUAGUCACUCGUUUUGCGAGACAUCGUCACCGCAAUCUUCCCUUCCUGGCUGCCUCAGUCCUGGCAUUUCGUCGGCUCGACAACUGCGAGGAUCGCCCGACGCUUAAAUACAGAUUACGGCCGCUACCGCUGCCCCCCACGGCUUAUUGUAUCUUCUCGUUACAGCUCCUUUUUCGACAGUCAUUUGGGCGGAAGGGCUUUCUUCUUCGGUUGAUUUCUUUUACUCUCUUAGUUCUUUCCAUCUCAUUGCUGCCAACAUUCUUGGAGGACCACACCAAAGGCUAUUCAGCCGGGAACCGGCCCCGCAAUCUACCUACCUUCGCUACCUGCAAUCUACCUUGUCUCGGUGCCUCGCCGCUACCUCGGUGACAGACUCCCGCAACCGACUGGAACGACAGGGCGCCAGCGCUCAGGCGGCUUAAAGAGUGGCUUAGGUGGGAAGAGGAGUAAAAUAUACCGUGGUUUUGAUAUGCCCGUCCCAUUAUGUCAAGAUGGCAGAAUCAAAAAUGGAGCUUGAAGACUGGUUGGACGACCUGUGUGUCCGCUUUAUCAUCAACCUCCCGGCCGAGGACCUCUCGUCAGUCGCGCGAAUAUGCUUCCAAGUCGAGGAGGCCCAGUGGUUCUACGAGGACUUCAUCCGUCCGCUAGAUCCCACCCUCCCCUCCAUGACCCUGCGCGGCUUCUGCCUCAAGAUAUUUCAGCACUGCCCGCUUCUCGCCUCGUUCCCCGUCGAGAAUCACAUGCGCGCCUUCGAAGAGUUCUUACAGUACAAAACACGCGUUCCCGUCCGGGGCGCCAUUAUGCUCAACGAGGCCAUGGACUCGACUGUCCUUGUCAAGGGCUGGAAGAAGGGCGCAAACUGGAGCUUUCCCCGUGGCAAGAUCAACAAAGACGAAGACGAUCUUGACUGUGCCAUCCGAGAGGUGUACGAGGAGACGGGCUUCGACAUCAAGGCUGCCGGGCUCGUGCCGAGGGACGACCAAGUAAAAUAUAUCGAGAUAAAUAUGCGUGAGCAACAGCUUCGCCUCUAUGUUUUCCGCAACGUCCCAAUGGACACCCACUUCGAACCCAAGACCAGGAAGGAGAUCAGCAAGAUCGAGUGGUACAAGCUCUCGGAACUGCCUGCGUUCCGGAAGAGAGGCGCCAACCACCGGGACGACAUCGCCGCGGCAAACAACGCCAAUAAGUUCUACAUGGUGGCUCCCUUCCUAGUCCCUCUGAAGAAAUGGGUUGUUCAGCAGAAGAAGCGGGACGGCCGUCUUCAACCUAGCGUUCCCGGCCUAGCUACACAGCCCAUUCAUGAGGAGCCCUUGACUGAGGACGACGCGGCCCUGGGCUCGGCCUUCCCGCUCUCCGCCACAGUCCCGGCCAUCGACGCAUUCGAAGGCGCCACCCGGGAGCUUCAGCGGCGGCUUAACGUGCAGCCACCAACCCAAGAGGAUCUGUUGCAAACCUCCCCUGCCGACUCCACCGCCGCGGCCGAUCCAGGUCAGGCCAAAGGCAACGCCCUGCUUGCACUCCUGCAAUCGGGGACUAGAUCAUCUACUAGUCCUGCGACUGAUACUCAUGUCAACCCUCUGGGCCCUAUCACGGCGCACUUUGCCAGCCCCGGGCUAGUACCGGGUUCGGGCCACGUGGCGUCCUCAACAGGACACCAUUAUACACAGCCCCCACCCUAUCAAGGCGCGCCUCCUGCGAGCUUCCAGCUCGGCCCGGGUGUUGGCGGAACCCCCUCCCAUCCGCCCGCCCUUUACGGAGGAGCACCGAAUCCGGGGGGCAGACAGGAUCAGGCCUUACCCCCUCCUGGAUCCUAUGUUCCGGUGCCAUAUCAGCAGCCUGGGAUGUCGCUCAACGCGAGUUCUCUUCUUCGCCAACUCCAGAACCCUGUGGCACAAAACGAGCGGCCUGCCUAUCACGGCCCUCCUCUGGGCCCUGAGAUUCACCACAACCAGGCCCAGGCCGGCUUCCCGCAGAAUACUUCUCCGACCCAACCCGAUCCACACCGCAGGCAGCCACUCCCGCAGCUGAACAACCAUGCCAUGUCACUCCUGAGCGCGUUCACGACUAAUAGCGCCCGAGGCCCCGACCCAGGGCAUGCGAACCCUCCCGUUCCAGAACAGGCACGCGAUGUUAUUAAACCUUCAGGGGUGGCCCCCAUUGGGAAUUCAGCCAUGCCAGGCGAGCCCUCGGGCCCUGCGUCUUUCCAACCCCCGAAUCAAACGCAGCCCUUCAGUGACCAGCACAGAAACGCACUUCUAGACGCGUUCAAAUCGCAAAGCCAGGCGCCGCCAACUAAGGACGUGCCCUCGCACAACGCCAGCUCCACAUCGGGGGCGUCAGAACCGGCAGGGAUCAACCAUGGCCGUGUUCAGGCGGAUCUGGGCGUGAACCUUCCGUUUGGCGCUCUUAAACUACUCAGUCGACCCGAGGGGCUGCGUGGUGAUGCGCCCGUAGCUCCAAUCGCGAUGCCGGCGUCCACUGCCGCGGCUCAGGCCCCUGGGAUAAUUGAACCAACCAAUCCCAACGCGAGGCAGUCACCAGUCCCCUUGCCAUCUACCAACGCCCCCGGUCAACCGCCGACUGCUGGCCGUGUUUCUGCACCGCGGGCGGCGCGCUCUCCCAUCCCGCAACGCCUGGACGCAAUUGCCGGCCAGAAGAAUCUGCUGCUGUCGCUAUUUGCGAGGGCCCAGACCCCCUCGCAGGCCACUUCAAGCGCUGUCGGGGGAGCAAAGGGCAAAGAAACGGCCGAGUCACAGCCGACCCCUGAGAUCGCCCCCAGGGCUGCCAGCAUUGUUCAUCCUGGCUCGGGUGUGGCCAGAUACGCGUUGCCUUCGGUCGAGCCCAUCUCUCGCCUGGGAGCCCAGACGCCCAUGUCGACGGCGGAUCGGAGUUUUCUUCUUGGUUAUCUGCAGUCUGUGACGACCAAUAGGCCGGGUCAGUGAGCAGUAGUAUUGUGUUUGGAUUGCAUGAUGGAGCCUCUGCUCGUUUGGGCCAAGGAGCGGUGAGAACGAGAGCAACGAAACCCCCCCCCCCCCCCUUUUUUUUUUGGUUCUUCUUAUCGUCCUGUAUUGUUUCCAUCGUUUUAUAUCACGCUCUCUUAUCCCUACUAUCUCUCAUUUUCUGUCCUUGUUUUAAACACAUGGCAGUCGGCGAGACUACAAUUUCCGAAUUGGCUCCAGCCGUCGUUGCUGUCAACCAUGAAUUAAUGACCUUGGUCACGGCUUCUAGUACUGGCGACCUGUUGUCUAUGCAUGAUUGUCUCCGAGGCUUCGAGAUAACAAGCGUUCGUCGGUACGCCAUCUAUAAAUCACCAAGCAAAUGCCCUACUGUCUAGCCCGCGGGCGUCAUGGAGGCCAGUCUAGGGUGCUGCGUCUCCAGUGAGGUUGGUGAAGCAUCGCCUCGCGUACAUUCCGGAAUAGCAACCGAGCGUGUUUUCAUAGGCAGCUUUCGGGUGUCGCUUAUACGCAGCUCCGUAAUUGUCUAGUGCAGAUAGCGAGGUUCGUGGGCCAACAAAGGGUUGUUUUCGGUUGCGACAGGAACACAAUGGACGACAAGACCAGGGUCCUGGCACGACGCGCUUCAACUAGCGCUGCCGUUAUGUCGACGUAGACGGGCGCGCACAUAGGAUUUAGACACGCAAAACGAAUCGAUAUGCUUGGCGAUUUUGGGGUUGACAUGGCAAGCUACCCCUUAAAGAACCGCAUGCGUAUGAAAUGAAUAAAACAUCAGGUGACGUGGGUGUCUUUGCCCUCCUGACGCCGUCCA